AUGGCGCAAAAUAAACUCGGACCCGAAGUGGGAUAUGUCCAUAACCUGUCUGAUCUCAGAUAUUUAAGAUGGGCACCAGGAAAAGAAUAUGAAGCGUUCAAGACAGAAUUACUGCAUAAUGCCUGGUACUGGCCGGAUAGUGGCGUCCAAGAUGGCAGCACCACUUCCUCUGCGUUAUAUUCGUGGGGGUCGGCGAAGAGACGGGCAAAGUUGAGGACAAGACUAACCGAGAGCUGGGGCUUUGAUAUCAGUAAUUCUCAGACGCAGAAAGCUCUUUAUCGUCUUUAUACAAGAUAUAGUACACCCGCCAGGCAAAGCGGAGCCAUUACCAAGCCUAGUUCAACUCGACAUGGGGUUGAGCACGCAAGUCCCAUAGCUUAUUCGCACAUCGCUACGGGCCCGGGAGACUAUACCCGCAGUAUGGCGGACCUGAGCAACGUUUCGCGUUACAAGAUCUUCAACAACAAGAACGAGGCAAUCGAAAUACCCGCUUCACAUGUCUUGAAGUACCCAGCCUUUGAGGAACACUUCACCAGAACCAGUCGCUCUAGGACCCGAAGCCUUGAUUCCGGACGUUGCUCAUGCAUCAUCGACAUCGCCGCUGUAUUCCUGCGCAAUGGCAGGUUCUACAACCUCCACACUGGCCAGUGCCGUUGCAUUUGUAAGUCAACCAACUUCUGUACCCGCGCCGUCGCUAUUUACGACUUUGCGAUCGAGUUCGAACUUGAUGCACUCGCGGGACUGGUCGCGGACGACAUGUCCAAGUUUGUCGAGUACAUCAAACCCACAGACGUCCUCUGUCCCAAGCUGAUGUAUGGUGAGCCCGUGACACCGAAGGCCGCCUGGAUGUGCAGCAACCCUCAGCUCUCAAAUCGUGAGAGUCUUCGUCAGGACAUGGCUCGAUUGGUGAUGUCUUUGGCUGACGAGCCCAGUCUCAAUGAGAGCGGGGUCUGAGAGCAUAUCUCGUCCCUGCUACUGUUCAUAUAGAGAAAUGGAGUCAUCGACGCCUUGGUAGCGAAGAGUAUCAAGCUGAGGAAAUGUAACCAAUGGGAUUUCUCUUUCUUUUAUCAAAACUGAC